AGAUGAAUCCUGAUAUGAAAUCGCGAAGGAGAUUUGGACGAGGCGUGGCUCCAUCAUGGGAGUACUUCACGAAAACUGGUACCGAUACGGCAGGACGUCUUCAACAACAGCAGCUGGAACCUAAGGUGACUUGGGCUGCAUACUGUCUCUGCUCUAAAGUGGGUUUUUGGGGGAUUAUUGAUCGCAGGUCGUCAUUCAAAUGUUCGAGAUCCAUAUAAAAGCAUGUGUCCAAUGCACGAUGAUCGACCGUGUCGCCGUGCCGUGCUACCCAUGCGCACAACUGGCUUCAAACCUCGUACCAGGUAAAACGCAUCUGUUAACCUUCAGUCCCCCCAUGAUCAUGUCACAGAUCGUAGUUGAUCUCGCUCCUCUCACUCUUGAAGUUUCCCCCUUCCGAGCCCCCUUUGACGACAACGACGCCAAUCUGGUCCUGCAUACAUCUGAUGGAGGUAGAUUCGCUGUUCACAAGAUUUUCUUGACCCUUGCUUCACCUCUUCUGAAGCGCUCUUUGAUGGCGGGUUCAAUGUCUCCUUCGCCCCAAUUCUCGGGAAUCGUCAUUAAACAAGAGAAAGGGCGCGACAUCAUUGAGAUCGUCGAGGACAGUUUAACAACAGAAAGGGUUUUGCAGUAUUGCUACCCUUUCACGAACCCUGUGCUCGAGAAUCUGGAUGAUGUCCAGAACGUAUUGGCGAUGAUGAAGAAAUUCGGGAUGAGGGGUCUGAUGGAUCGAGUGAGAGGUGCCCUUGUGCAACCCUCGUUCUUGGAGGAAGAACCCUUGCGUGUAUUUGCCAUCGCAUACCGCUUCGGAUUUGAAGCGGAAACUCGUCUCGCAGCGAGGAGCACCCUUCGUCACCAGAUCUUUGGCCCUUAUGUCAAGGAACUAGAACAUAUCCCCGCCUCCAUUUACCACAAACUCCUCCAGUACCACCGCAAAUGCAGUGUUGUGGUGUGUGGACUUACCUCCGACUUUUCAUGGUUCCCUGGCUUCGCGUCGCGCUGGGUCUGGUUCCAGUGCGACGACUGUGUGCACCAUUCCCUUUCGUGGCCACUGUCUGAUGGGAAGAUAUACGAGGUAAACGCAUGGUUUAUCGAGUACAUGGAACGUGCGAGAACUGCGCUGCGGGAGCGACCCUGUGGAAAGGUAGUCAGCGACCCUCUGCUGAUCAUGGACGCUCUGGAAACGGCAGCCCACUGCCAUACUUGCCGGCCAGCUGCCUACCUGGACAUGAGUACGUUCAUUGGAGAGCAUUUUUCGGUAGAGGUGGAGAAAGCGAUUGAUACGGUGGACUUAGACAUACCCUUCCAUUCCCCUGCAUAGUUAGGAUAAAAGCCAUCCCAACUUUGCAGCGAAUGAAGGGGGACGGCUGCACAGUCAUGGGAUAGUAUCGAUUACUAGCCUGAUUUGACAGUAUCACAAUAUGAAUUCUUGUUGCCAGCUGUCUUCGCGCACUGUAUUGAAAAUAGUCUGUGUUGCAGGAGACUUUUUUGGGAGAGCGUAGAUCUCUGGACAACAAGG